AACCAACUCAAACAUUAAUUUACGUGUUUUUGAACAAAUAAUUUCUGAAGUUACGUCAACAGUUUAUUUUUUAAAUUUGACAGAAAUUUUAGAAAGAACGAUCGCAAAACACGAUUCUAGUAUCGGUUAAAAAAAAAAGAAACCCCUUGUGUCUGUUUUUUACUUUUCUCAGUUGGUGUCAUUCCAAUUUAACCCAUUAAACUAGUCAAUCAACCAUGGCACUGCCUACACUGUCUAGCCGCUCAUGGCCUGCCCUACAGAACAUCUAUAUGCACACGUGGAAUCAACGAAGAUGUCGAGAUGAAGAUAUGAGGCAAAGCUGUUUAAAGACAGACCGUUUUUUCCAGACAGGAAGGUUAAAAGCUGAAAAAAUACAAAAGUGGACUUCUGAUAAGUAUUACCGUAAAAGUGCUGAUGACCAACGUGAGAAGAUGAAGAAGGAAGCGAAAGAGGCCAGUCUAAAGGCUCGACGCGUUAAACUGUCAACCUGUUACUUCAUGAGAAUAAACAGUAUGAGGCUGAACUGAAGCAGCAGACACCUCGAAAGAAUUACGAACUACUGGACCAGAUGAAGGAACGUGUUGAAACGCUACAAAGUGCUCGGGAAAUAAAGCGUAAACAGUUGGCAGAUGAGAAACUGCUGGAACAUUGGCAGAAAAAUGCUCCUGAAAUUCAACAGGUCGACCGAAAAUUACUUACUGAGCAUGUUGUAUCAGAGUGGGACCAUCAGCUGGAAGAUGCAAAAAAGCAAGCUGAAGAGAAGGCAAAGGAAGAAGAGACCUACAGGCAGAAAAUGGAGGAGGAGAUGAAGGCUGCAGCCAAGAAAGAGGAGAUGGAGCAGGAGAAGAGGAUUAAGCAGCGGAAGACUUUGCAAGAGAUACUGAAGCAGCAGAUGGGAGAACUGAAAAGGAAAGAGGAAGAGGCUGCAGAACUUCAGGAGCAACAGGCCAAGAUAGAGAAGGAGAAAUACCAGAUGGAAGUGAUGGAAAACGAGCGUAGGAAAGUGGAAGAGAGGAGGAAAAAGCAAGACUUUGGAUGUGUGUUACUAAGACAACAUAAGACCCAAAUGCAAUGUCAAGCAAGGAAAGUACAGAAAGAAUUGGAAGAAGACUGGAAGCUGUUGUCCAUGUUGGUAGACAGAGAGAAAGAACUCGAACAAAUUGAAACAGCCAAGAGACAGGCAGCACUGAAUGAUGCCAGAUGGAUGAAAGAGGUUGUAGAGGAACAGUUGAAAGUGGAGAAGCUACGAGAGGCAGAACUGGAUCUCUUGUUUGAGGAGGAGGCUGCUCGGAUGUGGAAGAAGAGAGAAAAGGACUGGGAACUAGAGAAACAAGCCAGAGAAAACCUUAUGAUUGAGGUUUUAAAGACACGUCAGGGACAAAUGGAGGAAAAAUUGGAGAAACUGAAAGAACUACAAAAGGAAUCUCUACAGGAACGGGAAGAAUUACUCAAAGACAUGGAAAUGGCCCAGCAACUGUCUUAUAGAGAGAAGGAUAGACUGGAUACAGCACGCUCCACCCAACGGAAGACAUUAGAUGAACAGGUUGCAUUACAGCGCCAAGAGGUCGAAUCUGCACAGCAAAUUGAGAAGCUACAAUUAGAUGAAGAGGAAGAAAAUGCCAAGUGGUAUGAUGCUGUUCUCCAGGAGGAAACUGAUCGACGGAGACAGAAGGGUUACGUUCCUAGAAAUUAUGGUCGUCGUACUGCAUGGAUGUGAUCCCCCGUCGCGGGCGAUUGCGAUGCUGUUGUCACCAUUAAGUUGUGAUGGUUGAUGCUGCUGUACUUCAUGGAUGUGAUGGCCGCUGUGUGGCGGUGGUGAUUCCUCUUCAACACCCUCAUCUCCAAAUUGAUGCAACGAUGAAAACAACUUGCAACUACUGUUACUGACUGCAUCUUGUGUUAAUGCUACAUGUUUGGAGAUGUCAACAACCUCUGAAGAAGAAAAUUUUGUAUAUCUAUGUGUAGAUGAGUACAUACAUGUGUAUGUAUAUA